AUGCCUGACGAGCACAUACCUGGUUCAGACGGGCAACCAGUCCUGUCUGAACAAUCUGCUAUUCCUAUAGUCGAUCACGACCCGGACCGGGCCAACAACGACAAUAUCCUUCCCUUCGGCCUUGCAAACGACGUUCCUUCAGUGGUACCAGUCUGGCUAUCUGAAAGUUCCAAGUCCUUCCGCUGGGGCUGGGUGCCACUUCCGUUGCGCAAGGCUGGACGUGCGACAGUUAAAUGGUUAAAGGGCCCAGACCCACCCCAUAAUCUACGAUUUGAACCUCUCUUCCCAAGUAUUCAGGAGGCUCCUGUUCUCUUCUUGGAGCAAUACUUCCCGAAGAGAAAGCAGAAGAUAUUCUUACUACUGGGGCUUUAUUUCGCCUGGUUUCUGUCAUGGGGUCUUAUCCUACGACAUUCAGCAUCUUCAGGCCACAUCGAAGGAUAUGGGAUUCCGAGCCCAAUAGGUUGCAGUGCGAAUUACUGGCCUUUUGAAGCCUCCUCCUUUGCGUUCCGAUGCCCGGCUUUCUGCACAAGCACAAAGCUACUCAACCCUUACAUUGUUGGCAAUCAAACGCUGAAUUAUCAGCCUCUUAUCGUCGGCGGUCCUGCACCGGGAGCUCCCAAAGAAGAUGCAAUAUAUCGUGCAGACAGUUACGUUUGCCAGGCUGCAAUACAUGCUGGUGUUGUUUCUGGUGCCAACGGAGGAUGCGGUGUUGUGCAGUUGGUAGGCUCUUCUGACGAGUACUUCGCUAGCGAAGCACAUGGAUUCAAUUCCACCGGAUUUCCAUCCAAGUUUCCAAAGUCAUACAAGUUCGUGAAGUUAGAGGGGAAAGAAUUCAAGUGUCCACGGGAUAUGAGAUGGGUUCUACUCGCCAUCACCGCAACCACGCUCGCGCUUCUGUCUAUAUUCACCACCUCACCUGCCGUUUUCUUCUUCAGCACGUUCGUUAUCCUUAUCAUGCAUGUGGGUCUUGUCUCAGACCCUCCCGGAGUUGCUGGUAUGGCCGAACUGCUCUCCAUGCUGUUCUCCCGUCUUCUACCGGCCAGUUUCAUUGCCUAUGUCCUAUAUCUAUAUUGCGCGGUACCGCUGCUUAAACCGCUCUCCUCUCCACCGAUGUACCAGAUCACCAGAACCAUCUUAUACCUAGUUCCAGCCUUCAUCGGAGCGCUCAACAACUACACUUUCGCGAGUUGGAUUCCAAUUCAACGCCUCACCCCACAUGACAUACAGAAUCAACCGGGUGCUCCUGUUGCAUUGGCUAUUGUUUUGACUAUCGUCAUCUCUAUAGUCCUUACCCAAGCCUGGCAGAUACGCCAGGGAGGCCUAUUUUUCCACUUCAUCAAAAUUUAUCUGGUCAUUGCGAUUUCAAUAUUUAUUCUGCUUGCUCUUCCGGGACUACGUCUACGUAUCCAUCACUACAUAUUAGCUAUUCUCCUCAUGCCCGGGACUGCUAUACCUACUCGACCCUCUAUUAUAUACCAGGGCCUUCUCCUCGGCCUCUUCGUUCAUGGUGUUGGAAGAUGGGGUUUUGCUUCCAUAAUUGAAACCCCCGAUGCACUAGGGGAGAUUCCGGGAGUCGGUACUUGGUGGGGUGCUACCUCCCCAAACAUCACCAACUCAUCCGCUACAGUCUCUCUUGCCUUGCCAUACGAGAGUCACUAUUUCCCCGGCAACGGCAAUAUUACAUUCGAGCUAUGGGAUCGAAAGCUGAUGAAAGAGCUAAAUGUUGACGGUGUUAGUGUUCUUAUUAAUGAUGUCGAACGCUGGCGUGGAUAUGUGGAUGAAACCAAAAAAGGGAUAUUCACAUGGCAGCGUCGCGGUCGUCAGGGGCUAAGUACUAGAGAACUUAGUGCCCUAUCUACACUGGGAGAGUCUCCGUUGAGGAAUUACUAUGACGAUGAUGAUAAUGACGACGAUGACAAUGACGAUGAAAUAAAUUUCCCGCCCCAGGACUUAUUCUUCCGGUUUGCGUUUUUGCGUGGCUCGACAGCGGGGCUAUACGGUGGUGUUGGUGUUUGGCUAAAGAACGGGACUUGGGUGCCCCCACCCCCACCAAGGACAUGA